CAUUGUGUUUAGAGCCCGUUAACUUUGAAACAUGGCUUCGUCUUCACCAAUGCCACAGUGGGAGAGCUCUCAAGACCCAAAUGACGAUGAUCUCAGGGACCUUGAGUUGGUGGAACUAGCGUCUAAGCUGUACCCUGAGGAUUAUUAUAAGCUGGGACUGAGACUAGGUUUCCAAGACUCCAAACUCAGCCACUUUAAACAUGACAAUCCGAACAACAUUGAGGGCGCACUGACAACGAUGCUGAUACGUUGGCGAAAGAAUCAGAGCGGGAAACCUGCCGCAAUCAGAAAACGACUAGCAGACGCUUUCAAACACGUACAACGCGUUGAUCUGUCCCAGGAAGUUUAUAUACAAGAGGAUGUUCUCGAGGAAUUUAAAGAUAUCAAUUUGACCGACAGUACCGAUGGUGGCAUCGCUGAAUGGCACUUGGUAAAAACAAUUGAUCUUCCAACCGAUAAAGCAGAGUGGUUCAAAGCAUGUUUGGCGUUACCCGGGAACUGCGUGGCUGUUGGAUACAGAUCCGGCGGCAUCGAUAUCAUCAACAUCGACACUGAAAAGCGGGAAAGGAUUCUAGACCACCUGAAAAUCAGAAGCCUCACGCGGUUGAGCGAUGGGACCUUGGUGAUCUGCAACGACGACGUGAAGUCGGUCAAGAUAUAUACAUGCAAAUACCGCGGAAGGCAGUCGGUGGCCAGGCCCUUGUACGCACUGCGGAUUUCUGGUACUCACCGAUCGCUGAGCAUCGACCCACAGGAUAACAUAUACAUCGGACUACGUGGAUUUAAAGAAAUCGAGGUGGUGGACCCUGUUAGUGGGGCACGAACCAGGACCAUUAAAACGGCCGUGGAUCCGUGGAGCAUCGCCUUGAUGCAGACAGGCAACAUAGCCGUCACCAACUCGUUGAGAGGAAACGAAGACGCAGUCAGUGUCCUUGAUCCUGGCGGGGACAUCGUCAGUAGGAUGCCAGGGGUGAAGGACGCCAGACAGUUCAUCACAGUCGAUUCGCGGGAUAGCAUAUACGUGGCGAUCAAGACAAAGAACGGGCAGGUUAAAAUUAGAAAGUAUACUGGCCAUGCAGUUGAGGUCGUCACCGAGGGCUUGGACUCGGUUACUAAGCCACGUGAAUGGAUUCAACUGACAUGUAUAUCCCCAACUCAACUUGUGAUGUGUGACGCUAAAUCAAUGUUUGUAUUUCAAAAGUACUGAUGGCGACUAUACAGU